AUGGUAUCCAUGCACAUAAAAACACAAUUUUCGGCGCAUGUUGAUCAAGCUAUAUCUGGUGUUAAGCGUAAAGCUGUUGAAGAUCCAAAAACACCGAUUCAACAAGUUUAUAAUGAUGAAGUUAUAAAAUUUCGCCAGUAUGGAACAGCUUCUGCAGUGCCGGUUUUCGAUUAUAUUCGUCCAACAGCAUAUCGUAAAAGACAGUCAGUUUUGCCACCGCUGCCAAAAUCAAUAUCUUCGAUUGUUGUCCCUCCACCUUUAAAAAUAACAUCAAUGGGACAACCUUUUUUAUUUUGUGAUACACCAAGAAAUCAUAAAAUUUUAGAUUUUGCUUCUCCAGAUGCAAUUCGAUUUCUAGGUAAAAGUUUAGAUGAUAUUGCAGGCAGUAUCCAUGCUUGGAAUGACUUGAGCAAAAAAUCACUAGUUUUUGUCGCAAUGCCAAAUAAAUUUGGUAAAUUGUAUAAAGAAUUACUUAGAUCAUUAGUUCGAUAUGCUGAUAGCUUAAGUGUGACAUUAGCUCCAAGAUCAGUUCUCAUUGAUUUUGAACAAGGUGCACUUAAUGCAUUUGAAGCUGUCUUCCCAGGUAUUGAUGUUAAAUUAUGUCAUUUCCAUUUUGGACAAAAUAUCUGGAAACGAAUUCAGAAACACAUAGGAAUACAUCCAAGCAUUUGGAAUUGGAAAAUGAACAUACAAAAAGCUGAAGAAAUAACAGCUAUACGUGUUGAACAAGAAGAUGAACAAGAAAGGACGAGCAGAAAAAGAAGAAAACAAGAUGUUCAACAUGAUAUUCAUUUAGUUUCUGCCAAAAAUGCAUUUGUGAAUGAUGAUAUUGAUCUACAAGAAUUUCAGCGACUUUCACGCCACUUUGCGUACAACUACUUCAGAUAG